AUGGCUACUUCAGUCAAUACAGACUCAAGUGAAGCUAGUACAUACAUAACAGCUAUUACAUGUAAGGAAAUGAAGGAUGCUGAAGACUAUCUUCGCGAAUACAUACUUGCUUGGCUCGAUAAAGCAAUGAAAGAUGAUAAUAGUGCUUUUGAUGUUAGUAUUGGUCUUUUGCACACUGUUCACCAAGUUUUCACGUUUAAUGAUGGCAAAAAAUGCCUCGACUAUUUAAGAUCUAUUACCGAAAGGCGAGCAUUUUUGGUACUGUCACAUGCAAUUGAUGAUCAGCUCUUGAACGACUUUCUUGCAUUGCCUCAUCUUGAAUAUAUUUAUGUUUUUGGUAAAGAAGCUAUAUUAAAAAAAGAAAAUUCAAAACUUGUCGAAAUUACAAGUAUACAUGAAUUAUAUAAUCGCCUUAACAAAGAUUCGUGGUCUAGCAAUGACGAAGAUAAUGAUACUGACUUUGCGCCUCUGAAAUUAAAUUCAACAGCAAAAUCAAUACAAGAAUUAGAUUAUGCUCGGAUAUUUAUCUUCUAUCAAUUUAUAAUAGAAGUUCUACUUCAUCUUCCCAAAACAAAUGAAAUCAAAGAACAGUUCGAGUCUUUUUGCAUGGAAAGUACAAACAAUAAUUCAUCCCAACAGACGAUUUUUAAGGAGUUUAUCCAAAAUUAUAAAUCAGAUCAAGCAAUUUCAUUGUAUACUUCGACGUCUUGUCUUCAUAGACUUCUGAAUCGCACUUGUCGAUUGGGCAAUUUAAAAGAUAUGUUUAGACUCUCCUUUUAUAUGACUGAUCUUUACACUCAAUUGAAAGACUUACACGAAGAGCAACUCGAGUGGUAUCAAGAACACAUAGAUGUCUAUAGGCGACGACCCAUGUCUACGGCAGAAUUCAAGAAAUUGCAAGAAAGCAUUGGAGAUUUGGUUGUUACAAAAUCUUUUUUGUCAACUACGACUGAAAAAGACGUUGCUGCUGUGUAUUCUGGAAUUGGCACAUCAGAUCCUAACAUUGUUCCAGCUAUAUUACAUUUGAGAAUUAACAAACAACGAAGCGAAACAAAACCAUUUGUCUUUAUUCGCUAUCAUAGUCAAGUGAGGACAGAUGAUGAAGUUUUAAUAUCGAUUGGGACUGUGUUUCGUAUUGAAGAAAAAAAUUAUAAAGUAACUUAA